GCCGAUUGGGCCCCUUCAGUGGGCAUGGUCAGUUUGGCCUCUAGUUUGGCCACUUCACAACAGUAUGGAGCCCGAAUCGUUCGCCACGCCUCUGGCCCCGAUCCGGCCCUUGAUGGGCACACCUAACCCGCCGGGUUUGCCGCCCCCCCUUCACCAUAAGGAGAAGAAGCUGAAAAAACAUAAGAAGCACAAGAAGCAUGAUUCGCAAGAGUCCAAGACCAAAGCCGGGAUUGCCGCCAUUAAAUUGCGGAUCAAGGUGGGCGGGACGGGAUCCGGAGCGGCAUCCGGGGCCGGCGGGGUGGAGCCCGGGGUAGGCGGGGUCGAGGCCAGUGCCGAUAACGAAGCAUUCAAUGCGAGUUUGGCCAUCCAUACCAAGAAAAAGAAGAAGAAGAAGGAAAAGAAGAAGGACAAGGAGAAGAAACACCGACAUCAUCAUAAAGACAAACGAAAGCGAGAACUGGACACGCCCCCCAGUGGUUUACAUCCCACCUCUGAAUCUUUGGAGCCCGAGAUAGUCAAGCUAACGGGGAGUGGCGACCCUGGGUCGAAUCUAGAGCCAGCCAGCAAACGAUUAGCCGUGGAACAGGCCGAGAAUGGGCCGCAGAAUGACGAGAGUCCAAUCUCCAAAAAAGAGCCUCAUGAGUCCGAGAACCAUGACACGCCUCCCGGAGAUAGGCGGCCUUUCCUACGACUACUGGAUUACAUCCUACCGUUGUUGGAGAAGCGCGAUGUCAACCACUUUUUUGCCUUCCCCGUGAGUGACAAGUUUGCGCCUGGCUACUCGCAAAUCAUCAAGAAACCCAUGGACUUUUCCACCAUGAAGGCCAAGCUCAAACGCGGGGAAUAUGGCGAUAUUCACGCCUUCCAGGACGACUUUGAGCUCAUGUGCACCAAUGCCAUGACGUACAAUACGCAGGAUACGAUCUACUACAAGAUGGCCAAGAAGCUGCUGACCAUUGGCAAGUGUCUGUUCACACCGGACAAGCUCAUUCCCAUGCGAGAUCAGUUGCCGUGGUUGAAAGAGAUCAGCGAGGACGAGCUCGGAUUUGACAUCAUGAGCGAGCCUCAACCACCGAUGGAUGAUGAUGAGGAUGAUGACGAGGAUGCCCGUGAUGACGUAUCUAAGGUUAUCGAGGAUAUUCGUGAGGUGGUGCGAAGACCUCUAGGACGAUUUGAGGCCAUCCCCGACGAUCUGACCUCGCGCGAGAUCUUGGAACAGGCUCGCCAAGCCGCUAAAGGUGCGGCUGAGAAGCUUCAAUUGUACCGUCCCCACUCUCAGAUGGGCUUUUUGCGACAGAAAUCAGACGGCUCCACUAGCUUUUCUUUCUUGACGGGAAGUGCGGGCGUGAUUCCGGGGACCGACAAAGAUCGACCCGUUUCUUUGGGUAGUCUGAUCGGCAAAGUCAAACAGGGAUCGGGGGCCAUUCAAGGCUUCCGGGAGGAUCGUCGGAAUGUGGUGAAGGCCAUUCAUCCACUCUACUAUGGAGCUUUUAGUUCGCACGGUCCUAGCUAUGACUCGACUUUUGCCAACUUAACGAAAGAAGAGACUGACAUGGUCACGGGCACCUAUGGCGAAGAUAUUGGCACCCAGUAUGCCGAGAGCAUCUUGAACUUCUCUCGGAAUUGCGAUUAUGCCAUGUUCAUUGUGGAUCAUUUGUUGGACAUUCUCACCGAAAACGAGCAUCGUAAAACCAGUAAGUACAUUGAAGAGAAAAAGAACCUCCGGCGAGAGGAUGAGAUGACCGAGAAGGUCUUUGAAGGAGCGAAUUCUCUUGGGGGAUCGGCCGAAACACCAGAACCUGCCGCGUCGUCCAAUCCGGCCGAAGCGACGCCCACCAUAAAGAAAGAGGCCAUCGAUUUCGACUCAUUGAAAUCGCUGACUGAUGAUGGGAUCGACAUGAGCUUUCUGGACAAUUUGAAAACCGAGUAUAACGAAGCCGUGAAAAUUAAAGAAGAGGAACCCGAAGUCGAUCCCAAGGUCCAACUGGAGGCCACAGCUCAACUCAUCCAUCAAUUGAGGGAUGUCCAGCAUGACCGCUUGAGUCAAGCCCCUCCUCAGCACUUCUCCAGUAUUCCUAAGCCAUCCGAGAAGGAGCUUAAUAUUGCCAGUCAAGUUCAAAAGAACUUGUCCACUUUGGCCAAGCAGGUUAAACCUGAGAACGUCGUACCUGACGCGAGUAUUCGGAAGCUUCUAGGCAUCCCCAUCGAGCCAUCGCCAUCCUAAUUUCCCCCUAUGACCCAUGUGGAAAGUCCUCUCUAUGUAUGUUCCAUAAUGAAUAAGAUCCAAGCUUGCCCAUGUUUGAAUGAACUUCUUUGUUGAUGUAA